CGGCCCUGUUUGAUCUGGGGUGAAUGCAGCAGUGCGAUUCUCACCAACGGGCCGACACCUUGCGUCGUACAGAGCGGUGGAGGAGAGACACUGCUGCCGCAGAUUGAUUUUUUCUUCUUUCCUGCUCGAGGUGUCAUCGAGACUGCAGUCUGUCACCAUGGUGAAGGCCUGGGUUUUCUCAUGUUCCGCACAGCAAUAAUUUCACUGGACGAGACCUUUUUUCAAACACACAUCCGCCAAAUUGAGGAACAUGGGAUAUGAGCGCCUGGGCUUCUACGGGGAACUGUGGUACAAGCCGAAGGGC